AUGCCUUCCGCAAUCCUGCACCACCACAAUCCAUUUCUGCGGUCCUCGACCCAACCACAUAUCAGUAAUAAUCCGAAACUCGCUGAAUCACAUUCCAAGCUCGUUAUAUCACUUCAUUCGUCCUCCAUUUCUGGGCUUACUACAUCAGUGCCCAGCACCACAUCAAAUUCGAAAGCAAAUCCUAUUGCUACAUCAGACGACCUACUGAGUGCUCUGAAGAAAACAAAAGACUCUUGUAAGGCUCUGCGAAUCCUCAAAAGGGCGACGGAACAGUCCACUCAGAGUCUGCCGCCUUACGCGUACGAAUUGAUGAUCCGCCGUCUGGGGUUUGGCGGCCGUUUCCAGGAAAUGCGGGAGGUUUUUAGAUUGAUGAGCCCUCCCACUGAAGAAGCGUUUUUGGUAAUGAUAAAUAGCUACGCCAAUCAUCAAAUGCCGGACGAUGCCCUCCGAGUGUUGAAAGUAAUGGAGGUAACUGACAUCCCACUGACCACCAAAUGCUACAAUUUUAUGUUCAAUUUGAUUGUGCAUAUGAGUAAGCUUAACAUGUUGGGGCCACUGUAUUCACAAAUGACUUCUGCUGGGGUACAACCUGAUGUUGAGACAUUCAAUUUAUUGAUCAAGGCCCUAUGCAACAAUAACAAGUUCGAUUCUGCCUUGAGUUUGUUGAAGCGGAUGUCAUCUCACCAUGGGUUGGUCCCUAAUGAUGUCACCUAUAAAACUCUUAUGAAUGGGCUAGACAAGAAUUAUGGGAUUGACGAGGCCUUGGAAAAUUGGAAGAUAUGGGACUCAAAUGGGGACAUUCCCAGCACCAUGCUAUUCGCCUUAUGCCAGACGGGUAGGGUGGAGGAUGCCAUCAUGCUUCUGGAGGCGAAAUGUGAAAGUGGCUUCUGCCCUAAUUUUGAUACUUUCAAUACGAUUGUCAAUGGGUUCUUCGAGCAGGGCCGAUUGGAUGAGGCCGUCAUACUUCUGGAGGAGAUGUGCGCAACUGGUUUAUCCCCUAGUAUUGUGACUUUCAAUACCAUCACCAGUUACUUCUGCAAAGCCAAAGAGGGAGAAAAGGCCGCCCAUUUGCUUGAAGGAAUGGUGGAGAAGGGCUUCAAACCUGACGUUGUCACAUAUACUACUCUAAUAUCAGGCUUGUGCAGGACUGACCAAAUGGGUCCUGCAUUGCGUUUGUUGAAGCAGAUGGCGUCAGACCAUGAUUUGACUAUUAGUCAAGAAACAUAUUCAAUGCUUAUAAGAAUGUUUUUAAAGCAGGAUUUGGUGAAAGGGGCCUUGGAAGUAGUUAAGGAAAUGAACUCAAAUGGACGGGUUCCUAGAAACGUAGAUUACAAUAAUUUGCUACAUUGGCACUGCAAGCGUGGUAGGGUGGAGAUGGCCACCAGAAUUCUGGAGGAGAUGAGUGAAAUUGGGUUGUGCCCGGAUACUACGACUUUCAAUAUACUAAUCAAUGGGUUCUGCAGGAGGGGCUGGGUGUCGGAGGCCACCAGACUUCUGGAGGAGAUGUCUAGAUCUGGUCUCUGCCCUGAUAUUGUGACUAUCAACACAAUUAUAAAGGGAUUCUGUAUAGCCAGAGAGGCAGGCAAGGCAGCAGACCUACUUGAGAAGAUGGUGGAGGAGGGCUUCAAACCUGAUGUUUUUACAUAUAAUACUCUAAUAUCAGGCCUGUGUGAUAUAGGAAAGUGCAAAGAGGCAAGAAGGCUUCUGGAUGAAAUGACUAUGAGAAACUGUGUUCCAAGUGUAACUACAUAUAAUGCUUUGAUCCAUGCAGUAUUAAAGCGAGGGGGGAUAGACGAAGCUAUUGAUCUUCUCAAAAAGCUGCUUGGAAAGGGGAUUAGGCCUGAUAUUUGUACUCGUAGUAUCUUAUUUCAUUCACUCUGCAAAGAUUGCAGCCUCGAUGAUUCUAUAAAGUUGAUAGACAAAAUGCUUGCGAAGAGAUGCAUUACAAGCAGCAUCGCUUACGAUCUACUGAAGAAGAGACUCUUUAUGGAGGCUACAAUAAAUCAAGAAAUGCAAGGCUCGAAAGAAAUUUAA